AGCAGGGUCUUCAGGAGUUUCUUGAAAAAUGAAAAGGAAGCCGCUGUUCUGGUAGAGCUUGGAAGGUCAUUCCACAUUUGUGGAACGAUGCAUGAGAAGAGUCUGGAUUGUCCUGAGCGUGGUGUAGGCACUGCUAGCCGACGAUCCUGUGAUGACCGGAGCGGCCGGGCCGAGACGUAAGCCUUUGCAAGAGGAUUCAGGUAGAUGGGAGCCGUACCAUCUCGGACUUUGUAUGCUACUGUUAGCUAUUUGAAUUUGAUGCGUGCUGCUAGCGGUAGCCAGUGGAGCUCAAUGAACAGAGGGGUGACGUGUGCUCUUUUUGGCUGAUUGAAGACCAGACGCGCCGCUGCGUUCUGGACUUGUUGCAGCACUAAAGCAGAAAAAUGAGAUUUUGCAAUAAAUAUGCUAAAUAUUUACAUAAGACUUCGCUGCCUAUGACUUUGAAUGUCAGUUGAGAGUCAGUCUCAUGCAGACUGACCAAUGAACAGAGGGCCUCAAGUUAAGACCCUCUCCUCAUUGGUCAGUCCACACCAGGUGGGUCAAAGGUUACCCUGAGCGGGUUACAUGAUGCCAGGCAUUCAAGUAUUGAGUAUAUUUACUGCAUAUUACAGUAAAAUAGUCUGUAUGUGACCAUAUUAUGGUGAUCCUUGGGUCGUGAUGAUGGGGCCCUUGAAUAUUCAAAUCAGAUCAAAUCAACUUUAUUUAUAUAGCACUUUUCAUACAAAAGAAAAAUGCAACUCAAAGUGCUUCACAGAUUAAAAUGGCCCCAUAGAUCCCAUAUUCCCAUCCCAGCCCCCCUCCGCAAGUAUAAAACAAUUGACAAUUACAGUUCCCCUCCAGGAACCAAUACAGUAUUGUUGCCCAGGGUACAACAAAGUGUUAAUCUGGCCCUGCAUAUCAGUCAGGAUUGACUACAGUCUUGUAAAAUGGGCUGAAACAUCCUUUCAGAAUGUUUGUUCAAUAACUGAGGCAUACUUUUGUUAAGUUUGGGAAGUUUCAUGAAAAUCAAAAGCUCAAAAAUGUUCUGUCUUAGAGAACUAAAGGGAAGUGUCUACAAUGGUGGCUGGAAAUAAAAGAUGUAUGGCUGCUCUUCUGGCCUUCCUGCAACCUGUUUUGUCUACAUGUUGUGUGUUUAACCUUGGUUGGAUUGUGCUGCGGAGACAAAUUUCUAUGCUGCUGGACGCUGGUGCAUUGGCAACAUAGUUGAUUCUGAUUCUGAGAAGGUUUUAUUUAUUCUGUUCUGUUCUAAAAUGGCUUCAAAUUUUCUUUUUCAGUUAGAACAUUUGAAAUGAAUUAUAUUUAAAUGCAUCAGUAUAGUUUAAUCAUUGUCUCAUCCACCUGUGUGUAGGAGCACACACAUGUGGGAGCCGACAUGUCUCAGGACAUCCAGCUCUUUGGGAUUGGGAUCCAACCAGAGCACUGCAUCCUGGAGCUGUGCCCAGAUGGUGAUGUCAUCUUGAUUCCUGUAGGGAACGGCAGAACCUGUGUGAACGGGACAGUGGUGGACUCUUUAGUGCAUUUGUGGCACGGAGAUCGUAUCUUAUGGGGCAACAAUCACUUCUUCAGGAUAAAUCUUCCUAAACAAAAGUGGCGGGACCAUUUGAAAGAGCUGGACAGAGCUUCUUCCAGAGAGAGCUUUGUUGAAGUGGACAUAGAGACAGCCAGCGAGGCUUCCUCUGAGCCAGACUACAACUAUGAGUUCGCCCAGAUGGAGGUCAUAAUGAAGACGCUUGGAAACAAUGACCCCAUGCAGAACAUGGUCCAGGUUUUGGAGAAGCAGUACCUGGAGGAGAAGCGGACAGCUCUGGAGGAGCAGAGGCUCAUGUAUGAAAGAGAGCUGGAGUCUCUACGGCAACAGCUAUCUCCUGAGAAAACACCGCAGUUCCACCGAAACAGCAGCGAGCGCCUUACGUACCCAACGCACACACCCCACAGCGAGCUACGACUUUGGACCGAGGAGCGGGAUGAACUUUUCCGUCAGAGUCUGUCUCGACUGAAAGAGCAGGUGGUCAAAGCCAACACUCUGGUACGAGAGGCCAACUUUUUGGCGGAGGAGAUGAAAAAGCUCAUUGACUAUCAGGUCACCCUUCAGAUUCCUGCAGCCAACCUCAGUGCCAACUGCAAGCGCGGAGCAAUAGUGAGCGAGCCAGCCGUUCAGGUGCGGAGGAAAGGGAAGGGGACUCAGGUGUGGACCAUGGAGCAGCUGGAGAACAAAUUGGUGGACAUGAGAGACUACUACAGAAACUGGAAAGAAGGCAGAGAGGAAAUGCUUAACAAAUCAAACAGCAAACGCAGCGAUCCGUUCCAUGAGGCCCUCGACAACCACAACCUAAUCGGCGUGGCUAACAUUUUCCUAGAGUGCCUUUUUCAUGAUGUCAAGCUGCAAUAUGCUGUUCCAAUCAUCAGCCAACAGGGAGAGGUAGCAGGCAGGUUACAUGUGGAGCUGCAGCGAGUUAGUGGAGCUGCACCAGAGCAUCUUUGUGGAGGAGAUGACUCCUCAGAGCACUCCAGUCAAAGCAGCUGCUGUGAGGUCACGGACACCAACGGAGAGACUGUUCAGACAACAAAGAGGCUCACCUGCAGGGUGAGAAUAAAAGAGGCCACAGGGCUGCCGCUCAGCCUGUCCAACUUUGUCUUCUGUCAGUACACCUUCUGGGGGUACGGCGAGCCCGCUGUAGCUCCGCCCAUCAUCAGCCCUGACAGACCUUGCCCUCAAAGCCCUGAUGCUCAGUUCACUGUCAAGUUUGAUCACUGCAGGGAGUACAUGGUGCAUGUGUCAGAGGAGUUUUUAGAGUUUAUGUCAGAUGGAGCCUUGGCCAUAGAAGUGUGGGGUCAUCGUUGUGCUGGGAACGGUCCCUGGGAGCUAGAUGCUGUAGAAGCUAAGACCCAAACGCUGCAAGACAGGUGGAGUGAGGUGUCACGCAGGGUCGAGUUGUGUGUCUCCAUCCAGGAGCUGAAUGAACAGGGAGAAUACGCACCUGUGGAGCUGCAGCCUACAAAAGACGUCAGCACAGGAGGUGUCUUCCAACUUCGACAGGGCCAUUCCAGGAGGCUGCAGGUGUGGGUGAAACCAGUCCAGAACUCAGGCACGCUGCCUCUGCUGGUGGAGGCGGUUCUGUCUGUCGCCAUCGGCUGCGUGUCGGCUCGCUCCACUAAACUACAGAGGCCACUGGACAGCUACCAGGAAGAGGAUCUUAACUGCCUCAGAGAGUGCUGGUCUGAUGCGCUGGUCAAACGUCAGCAAUAUCUUGAUGAUCAAAUCAAAAAAAUCAUCCACAAACAUGAAAAGUCAGAGGAGGACAUUGAGCGGGAAGCGCGUCUGGUGGAGCAGUGGGUUGGUCUAACUGAAGAGAGGAAUGCAGUUCUGGUGCCGUGUCCAGGAAGUGGCAUCCCUGGAUCUCCUGCAGACUGGGCUCCACCCCCUGGAAUGGAGACUCACAUUUCUGUCCUCUUCCUGGAUUUAAAUGCGGAUAAUCUGACAGUGAACAAGCAGAUGAAUGGACCACACACUGCAGGAGUUAACUCCAUCUUGCCCAAAGAGCAUGGCAGCCAAUUCUUCUACCUGCCCAUCAUCAGGCACAGUGAUGAGGAGGUGCUGGCAGUGUGCUCCUGGGAUUCGUCCAUUCAUGAUUCUGUCCACCUCAACCGAGUUACCUCACCUAACGAACGCAUCUACCUGAUUAUCAAGGCCACGGUGCAGCUCAGCCACCCUGCAUCCAUGGAGCUAGUGCUCCGUAAGAGGAUUGCUGUCAACAUCUACAACAAGCAGAGUUUUACUCAGAGUCUCAAAAGAAGGAUGUCCCUGAAGAACACACUUUUCUCUUGUGGAGUGAUUUAUGAGAUAGUUUCUAACAUACCAAAGGCCUCAAAAGAGCCCGAGGAGAGGGAAACCUUGGCCCUCAUGGCUGCUCGCGGGGACAGCGAGGAGAUUCAGAAUGGAGAAACUUAUAUAGAGAAAUACAUCCAAGGAGUUCUGGAAGUAGAGAACAUCCUGAGUCUUGAGAGGCUACGACAGGCCGUGACAGUGAAGCAAGCACUCACUACUAAAAGGAGACAUUUAAGGAGGAGUGUCAGCACACCAAAUGUACAGCAGGCCUCUUGUAGUAAGUCGGACCUAAUGGAGGAUGAGGAGGGCCAGAUGCAGGACCACUGUGAUCACAUGGACAACACUAGCUGCACCUCUCAAGAUAAACCCUUUUGCACACCUAUCAAAAUCCAGGAAAAUCCAGGCUCGGUUCCAGAGAGUCCUAUCUUUUUCAGCAUCAGCCCUUUCAAGGUCCUUUCCCCACAGCCGCCAAAAUUCCUCAAGUCUUUGCUUCCUGUCCACGAUAAGAGGAAAGGAAAGAAAGUCCUGGAGGCCCGGCCACUACUGGGACGAGAGUAUGAUUCUGAAGACGAGGAGGGAGAUGUGGACCUGGCUGUCAAUCCAAAUGGGGGCCCUCAGGACCAAACCAGCUUCCAGACUUACAUCCCUGAGGACUUUGCUAACUUUGACAUCUACAACGCCACCCUGGAGAACCGGGACAGGUUCUGCUCGGACCUGAGGGGAAUCCGGUGUGGAGGCGUGAGCGGAGAAAUGGAGGUGUCCCGGAGUCCUACGCCCAGCAGCAGCACCAGCGGCUACUUUUCACACAGUGCAUCCAAUGCCACACUUUCAGACAUCCCUUUUGGUGCCAGUGAGAGCUCAGAACACCUGAACUGCACCUCCAGAGAGUUCCUCAACCCAGGGAGAAGCAGCACUCAGACCAAAAAUAUUCCAGCUGAGAGCGGCACACAGCAGCCACCCAUUACAGCUCACAGCUGGCUCGUCCCUUCAGCCUCCUCACCCGUCAGUAUUUCUAACUGCUCAGAUAAACAACGCUCACAUCCUCACAACUGUGUCCUCAGCACCAGCCAAGAGUACACUGACUUUAAAGGUGCUAAUGGCAUCAAUGGUGAAGUUGAUUUAGCACACUUUACAGAAGGAUCUGAACAGGAAGAUUUGAGAAUCCCUUCAAACCAGAAGAAACCGGAUAACAUAGAGUCAUGUGACACUGACAGUCAGCUUCCCUCUAAUGUUUCUAAUGAGACAUUCAAUCCUGAAAAUGUAACAUGCAGAUGUCCUGGAUCUGAACUUUCUUUUAGUGUAACUGUGUCAUGCAUGAACACAACCCUUCCCUGCACUUUAGUCAAAGCCCCAAUCUAUGCGCCUGACCCCUCCCUGUCUGCCGUCAGACCUCUACCCACAGCUACUGCCCCCAGAGCAGGUGGAGAACCUCCGAUCCAGGAGCCGGCCCAGGGUGAUCUACCACACGGUAGUCCCUGCCCCAGUCCUAACUCCAGCAGUACCGAUCCAUCCGGAGACUCCAGUGGGGAUGAGAGCUCCCCAGUGCCUCAGCUUCCAGACUGGAUGGCACCUGGAGAACAAGUGUGGGUGGGGAAGAGGAGAGGGACCGUCUAUUACGUGGGAGGGGUGGAGUUUGCAAAGGGGAUUUGGAUCGGUGUGAAGCUAGACAUGGCAGUGGGUAAGCACAAUGGGACUGUCCAGGGAAGAGUGUACUUCCGCUGCCCCCCAGGUCACGGUGUGUUCGUGAAGCCAUCACGGCUCAGCAGAGGACCUUCCACGGACGCAGAACCGCAGACUGUGGUCAGAUAGACCCAAAGAAGAACUGGUUUUUCUGAUCUAAUUUCUGACCACUUGAAUCUUUGAGCUGAUUGUUUCCUGUUGGUUUGGUCGCUUUGCUGAUGCUUAUUUACUUGUGCUUUUAAUCGAAGUAUUUUUGUAGUUGAUGUUCACUGAAAAAAAUCCUAUGCACAUAUCUGAGUUUCCUGUGUGGUUGUAUUUUUCUAAACUUUUGACUGGGAAUGAAAUUUCAUUGACAUUUUCUUACAUUGGUUCUGAAGUACAUAUAGUAUUUUUGUAGAACCGUUCAUCCCUCCCUCUCUCUCUGAGGCCUGUAAUGAAGUGAUCUGGGGUUUGAGGAACAAGAAUGUACUACUGUUAAUAAACAUUGAUAUAUAUGUACGUCAGUAUGAUAUAUCAGGGUUAACCAAAGAGUUACAGUUCCAUAUCUGCUGUUACGACUGCUAUUUUUUAAUACGCAUAAAUGGAAAUUUUCACUGUAAAUUGAUGCAUCCUAGUAGAACUUAGUGCCAUAUCUCCAGAGGUAAUGCCACAUAACCCAUAAUCAGGACAAACCAGCCAAUCCUGAGGGCUGUUUUAGGUGUUUGUAGUGUUAUGUUAUGUUGAUGUACCCGUUCAGCCUAGAUGGGAAACGAUUGCGGUGGAAAGGGUUCUUGAAGAGGACUGUUUUCUGUAGUAGGCUGAUGAAAACUGGACAAUGAUGUGUCGUUCCUCAAAUCAGUUGAAGAAAAUUUUAUCUGUUUUAUUUGCAUUUAAAGAGGCACAUAGACCCCAUACUGUACAGUGAGUGUGUAACUGUCUGAAACAUGUGGAUCAUGAAGCUCAGUGUAUUCAGAGCACUAUCCUGCCUUGCUGUUGGACUGAUAAUCAGAUAUGGUUAUGUUAAGAUAACGCUGCAGAGCUUCUGAAGUGGUUUUCUAUGGAAAAUUCUUGAACAAUAAACACUUCAUCUAUUGUAGGUAGCACUUUGAGUGACCUUAGUUUGGAGAAGUUAAUUUGUACAACUCCAAGCUGUAUUCAGAUGCCAGUAUUCCUUUUUGGACUUAACCCAGCUCAAGCUAGAUGUUCCAUCAUGAAUUCGGUGAGAAUGUUUGUUUUAUCCAAACUUAUGUUGCUAUCUACAACAGGUAAGACCUCUAUCCAAAAACCCACUUCAAACGAUCCAAAAUGUUUUAAGUGGAAGUUGUUUAAAUUAAAAGAUACCGUUUGGCACGUAAGAUUUGAUUAAUAAUUUAGAGACUGGGCCUGGGAGGGACGAGAGGGAACGGCGCCUCUAACUCAAACAAUGGUUGCUGGAGAAGACAAUAACUUCCGUAACUUGUGUUCAGAGGAGAAUGAGCUCCAUUCUUAGUAAUUCCUCUCCUGCAGAUGUGUCUAGGCUGUCCCAGUCAGGAUUGAGCCAUGGCUGCUAAAAAUGUUACAAGGCUGACUGACUUUAGUGAUGUAGUGGUUGUAAAAUACUGAAUAAAAUGUUGAGCUGCUUGA